AUGUCUGAAAAGACCCACUAUGAAAUUCCGUUAUUUGAUGUUGGGAUCGAGGGAGCCGGCUUCCGCGUCGAGAAUGUGGACGGCGAGCUCCAACGUGAACACAUCGAUCAGUACAAGAACUCAGACAUCAGUUACCGAUCUGACCUUGUGGCGGUUGUCCACGGUACUAUUACUCCAGAGGGGCCACUGGGAGUCCUCAUAAUCAUCGACUUUCACUUUGCCUCCAUCCCCGAGAAGCAACGCUUCAAGAAGGUGAAGAUCUCAAUGGCUUUUGGGCGCUUGGAUAAUCCCAUUGGUGGAGACAAAGAACCUGUCGUAGCGAAAAUGGCACCCGAAGGGACUUUUGCAAUGGACCAGUCAACACAGACUCAGGUGGACACCAUCGAAGCCCACGCAUCGGCGGAGGGCGGAAUGAGCUUGGCAACACUCGGUAUCGGCAGUAGCUUCCAGCGUACGACCACAACCGAUACCGAGUCAUAUGCCAUCUUGGACGGAAACCCGUGGAUUGAAGUUAGAAAUAAGGGUGAUUGGAACUCAGUCAACUGGAGGCUUCUCGAAAACAAAAGGCUCGAAAUUGGUGUACCAGCCCACCUCCGCACUGCUGUUCUUCUAUCACUGCCUGAUGGUGAAAAGUUCAGAGCCGACUUGACAGUGGAGGCAGACAUUGGGACCUGGCGGACUAAGUUGAAGCGCAAGGUUGGCGCCAAGACGGGGCUGCACUCAGUGUACUUUCACCCGUCUCAUGUCCGGCGUGACUUGGGCCAAAACCUGAUUGAUGUUGACAAAAGAAACUUGUCAGCAUGCAACCUCGAGCCGGUUGGUUCUGCCAAGGUAUGUAACAUGCACUUCAUUGCUGGCCUCAACUGCGGCUGA